CAGUUGCAGAUUGGUUCGCCUCCUCUUAAGAUCUGGAAAGACACCUCUUCGGAACUACCAACAAGACUUUCCUCUAACAUUUUACUGCCAAUCUAGUCUACCAAAAUAUUUAGACAGUGACUGUGGACUACCCUUAGAAACUCGUAUUGGAUCUUUCGAUUGUAACUCGUGACUUUUUUUUUGUGAAAGCGAAUUUCCGCGACUGGCUCGCGAAUCCAGCAUCAGCGGUCUGAUAUAAAUGCCGGUAUAAUCAAUCGAAGCUGCUAGUUAAUCCAUGGCAUGCGCCCAUUGUGAAGUGUUUAACAAUUUAACUAAUCCGUGAAAAAUAGUGAAUUUGGCUCAUUGUAAAGAAAUUUAUUGUUAAAUUGGGAAAAAUAUCAGGCGUGAAAAUAUUAUAAUAAGAAGGAAAAGAGAUAAUAAAAACGUGGUUUUGGAAAAAUCAGAUUCAAGUGUAACUGUGAAGAAGUACAGAUUGUCCUAUUUAAUAAAACGAAUACUCGGUGCUGCCUAUUCAUACAAAUAACAUAGUUAAAAUGGCUUAUCAGAUUAAAACCUCAUUACUAUUCAUAAUUAUUGCCUUGGUGAUGAUAUGUAUUCCAAAGACAUCAUGCCGCCCCAACGGAGAAUCCCCUGGUGCUACUACAGUAAACAUCGAACGAGAGGAGGGCUACGAAGACUUAUCGGAUCGAGAUUAUAUUCGGGUGAAGCCUUGCAUCUUCAACAUGGCGACAAUGGAAUUGUGCAUGAGAUGCGCCAAAGUUACCAAAUCAACAAUUGUUUACCCAAUGUGCUGCUCCAAUGAAGACACAGUGCUCGACUGGUGCCGAGAAUACAUUUAUUACGGCAGCACAUCCUAAACAUAAAAAUCAAUAGUGUUAGAAACCAUCACAAUUAUCAGACUAAUAGGAGACUUAAAGAAAGAGCAGAAACUGGAAAAAAUGAGGUACUCAGACAGUCGUGUGCCAGAUAAAAAAUGAGGUGCUCGUACAGUCGUGGACCAGAUAAAAAAAAACCCAUGAAAUAUGUAGCAAUAGAUUCUCACUAAUUUAUUAAAUCCACUCGCUGUUUGAGCAGUGAAUAACUUAAAUUCAUUUAUCAGAAAUAUCCAUAUUUUCAAAGUAAUCCCUUAAUGACCAACUUUAAGACUACCCUUUUGUUCAUAGGAGCAAAACUACCGAAAAAGAUAGAGAUACAUAAGAUGGUAGCAUAUCUAUCAAAGUGGCUGUGAUGUUCAAAUCUUGCUCAUUAUAAAAAUUAUUAUUGAAUAUGAAAGUUUCGAUUUAUUUCCAACUAACAAGAAAAAUAUGAAUUCCGAAACUGAUCACCAAAAAGGCUUUUAACAGAGACCUUAAUUUGUGGAGAAUGAUUUCAAUAUGGAGUAAAUUUGUACUUUUUAGAGUGUAAGAUUUGUAUGUGAUUUUGUCUUAUAGAAUUUGUAGAAAUAUCAAACUAUAAUCAGAUCUGAAUAUUUUUUUUCGAUUAUUAUAUAUAAAAUUAUAAUAAAAAAUAAAAGUUAUCAAAUAGA